AUCAUGUGACCACAAAAUGGUGGAAGCUGUGAGCUGUUUGUAAGCUGAGCAUCUCCAUCGAGAGGCUGGAAGCAGGAAGCAGGCAGGGAACUUGGAAGUACAUUCAUGCUCUGAGACGCAGGAGGACAGAGAUUCCCGAGCCCCAGAAGCGGUCCUCCUGGGGAUGGACCUGGCAUCAGGGAGUAAAAUGAACUCUGAGGGGGAUGAUGGCAGACCAGUCCCUCCUACCUCUCUACCUCUGCAAGGAGGAGCCUCACAGAGAAAAAAACUAUCUGCGCCUCGUAUCAGCCUGUCACUGGACCAGAGCGAGGAUGACUUCGGAGAGACACCAGAUGAUCUAGACAUUAAUGUCGACGACCUCGACACUCCAGAUGAGGGGGAUUACCUCGACUACACAGACCAUGAAAUGGACUGGGAAGAUCCCAAUACUGCCAACAGGAGUGCUACCAGUGAAGUCUACAAUACAAUCCCAACAUACAGUGCUGAGGAGGAACGCCAAGAUGGAAAACUGUGGAGGACUGUCAUCAUUGGGGAGCAGGAACACCGUAUCAACAUGAAACUCAUUGAGCCCUACAUGAAAGUCAUCUCUCAUGGAGGCUACUAUGGCAACGGAGUGAACGCCAUCAUCGUGUUUGCUGCUUGUUUUCUGCCAGACAGCGACCGAGAGGAGUACCAUGAAAUAAUGGAGAACCUCUUCCUUUAUGUGAUCAGCACACUGGAGCUGAUGGUGGCAGAGGACUACAUGAUUGUAUACCUGAAUGGAGCCACACCCCACAGAAGAAUGCCUGGACUUGGUUGGCUAAAGAAGUGCUAUCAGAUGAUUGACAGAAGGCUCAGGAAGAACUUGAAAUCCUUCAUUAUUCUCCAUCCAUCGUGGUUUAUCAGGACCAUUCUAGCCAUUACCAAGCCAUUCAUCAGCACCAAGUUCAGCAGUAAGAUAAAGUAUGUAAACAGUCUGGACGAGCUGCAGGAACUCAUCCCGAUGGACUGCAUCCAGAUCCCAGAGUGCAUCAUUAGACUCGACAAGCAGCUGAAGGAAGCGGCAGAGAACUCGAGAGUGAACAGUUUUCUGCAGGGAUCCGAGCCAACUGCAGCAAGCAGAACAGACAGACCAGACGCAGCUGGUGCCAGCGGCUCGUAAAUCCAAACAUCCUGAAUAGAUGGGUCACCUCGAUGCUCAGAAGUCACUGUUGUAUUGAAUGGGCGCAUCUGGAAAAUUGUGUAGCUACUGUGUGUGCGUCUGUCAGUGUUUUGUCAAUUACACACUGGAGUUUAAUAAGAGAAUACAACUUACAAUAGCACCUGAUCACGAUAAGAUCUUUAACGGCUGCUGUAGCACCUGCUGUACCUUACACCUGCAGUCCUGAUAUACAUGUAGUCUUAAGUGUGAUUUUUUGUUUUGGGAGCAUCAGCAGACUAGUGCCAUCGCUCACUUUAGGGUAGGGAUUUCAAUUACACACUAGACAGCGCACUGCGCAAAUCCAUUUGUAGAGUCUAUAGUGUUGUAGUUGUGUGCAUGAGAAGCAGUGAAGCAAUAAUAUCACCCUUUACUGGUUACUCAGUCUCAGUAUUUCUGAUGAAGAAACUACUUCUGUGUACGCAGUAAAAGCACAGGGUGCCUUGUGCCAUGGAAGAUGACCAACUGGCUUUUGACCAAUCCAAACCUCUUUCUGGAAAAUUAACCAUAAAACUAGAUAUUUUACCUUUAUAGAGUUAAUCUAAGACUAAGAAGGAAUAACUUAAUUAUUAUAUGAAGCUGUCAGUGCUAUGUGACAGCAUGUCUUUUUAGUCGUGUUCUGCAAGUGUGUGUGCGUGUCUGUGCGCACGCAUGCAUGUGUCUUUCUGUCUAUACACGUCGAAACUCAUCCUCAGUUUCUGCUUGACGACCAGGAAGAAUCUCGGGUGAGAGUAGCGAUGGGAUCUUUGAUAAGCACAUCUUUAUCUGUGUGUGUCCACACGCAUGCGUGUGUGCGUAUCUGUGCAUCAGUGCAUGUCCCCCUCAUUAGAUAACCGAUGGUCCUCUUGCACAGUCUAUAAUGGUGUACUGAGGGGAUGCAAAGAAAUUGUUGAUCACUGGCUAGUAAUUCAAUAAAAAUAAAUCGAUUCAA